GAAACUGUGUGUGGUAUUAGAAACAAGAGAUCAAGAAAUAAUUUAACAGAUUUUUCUACGAGGCAUUUCAUCAAACAUGUACCGUGCAACUGUGCAAGUUUAAUUAAACCUUUAAGAUACCACCAGUCCACCAUUACGAAAGUUUCAACCUUUAAAACCAAAAUUAAAAAUUUAAUAUAACAAGAAACUUAGGAAAGUGAAAAUCAGGGAUUUUUGAAAUGACCAAAAAACCACCUCAUAAAAAAGAGGCAAACAAUUUAAAUUCCUAAUUUGAUAAAACAAAAACCCUAAAUCCCACUUAUUCUUGCAAAUCAGAGAGAAAAUGGAAGUGGGUGCCAAUAGAGAGAACGAGAAGCAGAAGAAGACUGAAAAACCUCCUUAUGUCGUUGCCAAAGAUGAUACCAAGCCUGUUCUUCAAGACCCUUUAUGGAGUUCGGACCCAACUCAAGCAGAACAAGCAGUGCUGCGGUUGCCACCAUUUCCCUUCAGAUCAAAAUCUUAGCUCAAUUUGAGAUGUUAUGGUGAAAUUCAUCCAUCUGUAAGAGCUUUUUCAAGAUUUUUUUACAUUUUUUGUAAUGGUUCUUUUGUUGGUUUUUGAACUAAUGUACAACUGUGCAAGAGUAUUGCAAUAUUCAUAAUAAUUGAUUGAGUGGAGUUUAUGUGCUGAUA